UCUCUUACCAUUUAUUUCCUAUAUCUGUUCCCACCACGCGUUGAGAAAAUGGCCGACUAGUGUCAGUGUUGCGCGCGAUUCGAGCCGUACGCGCACGUCGCCGUCGCGUUCAAUAUUCAAAUAAAAUUAAACGAUCAACGAAAUAAAUUUCCGAAUAGUUUUUAAAUCGAGAACAUUUUUUUUUUUUUAAUUUGUGAAGUGACAGUUUAUGUGUUUCAAAGAGGUUUUAAAUUUUUUCUAAUAUUAUUUCAUGAAACAAGUGUAUUGUUUGCUUUGUUGACGUGAAACAGCUGUCAAAAUAUUUUUCACUUUGUCAAGGCAAACUGUCAGUAUUCAAGCACUUUGUUUACCGACCAUUGAACAGUUCCAACUCCAUACAAAGUAUCGAACCAGGAAGGCUGAUCUAACCGUAAAACAAAGCUAAGGGAUACCACACACUGGCAUCGUAAGUUGGCCUACAAAACUUAUGGUGGAAUAUGACGUUGGGCUGAAUACCGAAUUGAAAAAUAAAAAAAGGUUGAAAAAAUGAUGCGGAUUUUGGCGCGCAGUUGAUAAUGUGUCUUUGUUUGUAAGAAAAACAAAAUGGCGAAUAAAGUUAAGAACAAUCAUUACGUGGCGACACACCGUUCAGGGGUCGACUCGCCUUCUUCUGGGGGUUAUUUACAUCGGCCAAGAGACGAAAAUGACAGCCACCGAGCGCCCUCUGAAAGGACGCUUUCUGAAUAUACGGCGAUAAACGAGCGAACACGUACGCCAUCUGGUGGUGAACACAGGAACGGCCGAAGACACCACAACAAUGGAUCACCUCGAGACUCCGGCUCAGAAGUCUAUGUCACUAGCGCCGCCUACAGACCUCCAUCCGAAAUUAGCCGGCAGUCAAGAGCACCGCGCAGUGUCUACUCGUACAGAAGUGCGGUCGCGCCCUCAGUGGCUUCCACUCACCGCUCCAAAGUCUCAAGAAAGGCGGGAGUGAAAGUGGACGCAAUGGCGGCUCCAAACCCUUUCUGUCCGAACGUGAAGGGCAUGUGCUGCCUCAUGUUGCUGCUGAACCUCGGCCUCAUACUCGUUACGCUGGGCUUCGUCAUCGUGCUGCAGUUCUUCGAACCGCUGUUUGUUUGGAUCCUGGGUAUAGUCUUCCUUAUAUUCGGAUUCAUCACGCUCGUGGGCAGCCUCAUAUACUGCGUGGUGCUCUGUCGCGAGAACCCAUACCCGCGGUACCCCGACGACUUCUACUGGACACAUCACUGGUCAAAAACAAUCGGCCCCUCCGAAAUACACUACAGUGCCAGUGAAAAGCCGUACAGACAAAAUGGACACGAUCGAUACAAUAAGUACAACGGCGGUAAAUACUCGGAUAGGGAAAGUGCUAAAGGCUAUUCAGACAGAGAAAGCAAACUAAGCAGGUACUGAUUAAAAAAAAAGUAAAAUGGCGGUAAUCGUUCUGUCAAAUUUCGUGAUUGACAGACCCGUUAUGAUAAGAAAUUCUUAGAACAGCUUUACUAAUUAAGACGUAAAAUAAAAUAUUACUACAGAUUUUUCUUUCAAAGGAUAUUUCUUGUUUAGGAUUUUUAUGUAACAAGUUGAACUUGCUUUGAGACGAUAUUGGAGUAUUUAGAUAAUUAGACGUUAAUUUGGAUAUUGGUUUUCAAUCAACAGUCUACUUUUUUAUAUUUAUUCAUCCCACGGACAAUAAAUGUGCGCUUCCAAUAACUUUUAAUUAAAAAUAGGCUUUUAUACAUUAUUCCAAAUAAUUGAAAAAAAAACAUUUGAUUUAUAUGUCAAAGAAAUAUACUAACUGAAUCUUGAAUGUUAUUAAGUGACUAGUUUAUUUAUAAAUUUUAUUGUAAAUAUGAAUCUGAUUAAAAAUGCCAUAUUAAUAUACCUGUUAUUUAAAAAGUGUAGGAAAUAUUUUAAUUAGAUAAAAAACUCCAUUAAAAAGUAUAAUACUAGGAAUUUUAUCAUUAAUGUAAACUAAGCAAUGUAAUACGUAUUAUGUCAAAUAUUUCUAAUAAACGAUUUUAUUACUA